UAUAACUAUAACAUCACUGCAACUGUUAGUGAAUUGAAUGUAGUCCAGCUAUGACAUCACCAUCUGAUAACAACCUGUAUGUUUACAUGGGCCAGUCCUUUAUAAAUAGCGUGAGUGAAGAUUCCAUUCCUUGUGUUGUUUGCAGAACACCAGCAGAAUCAAGGCUGUAAGUUACAAUAUGCACAAAAAUAUUCAUUUUACAGGAGGACAAUAUGAAAUGAAAUAUCUGCUGGGAUUUGUUGUACAACUACACCAUGGAGAAUGGAUCAGUGGUGACGUCAUUCAUAUUGAAGGCAUACACUGAACUGGAAGACCAUAGAUAUGUAUACUUCACAGGUUUCCUGUUAUUGUUCAUUCUUAUGGUAUUAACCAAUGUAAUUCUUAUUAUAGUAAUUUACACUGAGAAAGGUCUUCAUGAACCCAUGUACUUUUUUAUGUGUAAUUUAGCAGUGAAUGGAAUUUAUGGCACUAUAUCUCUAUUACCAUCAGUCCUUGGUUAUUUAACAUCUCAUUCUUAUGAAAUAUCUCUGACUGCUUGCCUUUUACAGAUCUAUUGUAUACAGACAUAUGCUACAGUUGAAUUUAGUAUUUUAGCUGUGAUGGGCUAUGACCGAUUUGUCGCUAUUUGUCAUCCAUUACACUAUCACCAAUUAAUGUCUCAUAGAAAAGUGGGCACACUUAUUGCAUUGUCCUGGAUUUAUCCUUGUAUUGUUUUUGGACUUUACUUUAUAUUAACUGCACAGCGUACGUUUUGUGACAGGAUCAUAGAAAGGGUGUAUUGUAUUAGCUUUGAAUUACUCAAACUGUCCUGUCUUGAAAUCUCUACUCAGACCAAAGUUGGCUUUGUUGUAACUAUUUUUUUAAUUGUUCCACAGCUGCUCAUGAUAUUAUUUUCCUAUGCACAAAUCCUCAGAAUCUGCCUGUUUGCUUCUAAGGAAUCUCAGACCAAAGCUAUUCAAACAUGCACCCCACACUUACUGUCUGUGAUUAAUUAUUCAGUAGGAUGUUUUUUUGAAAUUAUUUCAAAUUAUCUGACAUUAAGUCAUUUCAACACAGCUCAAGUACCAUAUAAAGCUCGCAUAUUCUUAUUCCUUUACUUCCUGAUCAUUCCCCCAUUGUUUAAUCCUGUCAUUUAUGGAGUUAGCAUUACAGCCAUAAGAGCUCAGAUUUUAAAACUCUUCACCACUAAAAAUAAGUUAAAUCCACGACAGGUGAGGAUGAAGUAGCCUCACGCCUACUACUUUUACACAUUUUUAAGCCAAAUGCCUAAAUGAGCUAUAACAUUCUUUAUAGAUAAGCAAGCAUUGGUACAGAAAUGAUCACAUUUUAAUCAAAUGAUCAAAAAUAUCUUUCUAUUUUACAGGGAUAGGACUUAUUUGGGUAUUGGCCCAAUUGGGCAAGGGACAGAUCAAUAAGCUGGUCUUAACCAAUCACAUAGUGGCACUCCUUAUUGUCGAGCCCUGCAACCAUUGCCUUAUAAUGUAACACCACCUGAUACUCUGUAAAAUCAAUCAGGUUGUAGGAUGUUUUAAAUAAAACUUUACUU